GCAGGUGAUUUCAAUAAUGAUGGAAUUUCGGACAUUGUCGUUAAUCCCACUUCAGGAUCUGUUGUUCUUGUCUUAGUGGGAUAUGGUGAUGGCAACUUUGAUACCCAACUGGUGUUCUCCACUAGACUGAGUGGUAGUUACGCUUGGGUUGUUCCUGCAGAUUUCAAUAGCGAUGGUUGUCAAGAUAUACUUGCUUCGGAUGACACGGCUGGCGCUGUAUUCGUUUUGCUGAACACCUGUGCAUGCCGAACAAAGAGUACGACUCUGACGACUACAUCGAUGCAUCCUUAG